GACAUGCCUGAACCAGCUAAACCCGCGCCCAAGAAGGGCUCCAAGAAAGCCGUUACGAAAAACGCUCCUAAAUCGGGGAAAAGGAAGCGGAAGAGCAGGAAGGAGAGCUACGCCAUCUACGUGUACAAGGUUCUGAAGCAGGUCCACCCGGACACCGGCAUCUCCUCCAAGGCCAUGAGCAUCAUGAACUCGUUCGUCAACGACAUCUUCGAGCGCAUCGCUGGAGAGGCUUCCCGCCUGGCUCACUACAACAAGCGCUCCACCAUCAGCUCCAGGGAGAUCCAGACAGCUGUCCGCCUGCUGCUCCCCGGUGAGCUGGCCAAGCACGCUGUGUCUGAGGGCACCAAGGCCGUCACCAAGUACACCAGCUCCAAGUAGAUCCUGGCUUUUCAUCAAUCCAAAGGCUCUUCUCAGAGCCACCCACCAAGACUUGAAGUGCUUUAUUCCAUCUGUUCUUACUAGGACUGGUCAAUUACAAUUCACAACUAUAGACAAAAAUAGGUAUUUAUAUAACUAUUUAGUGGCAUGUAUUUUUCAGUGCAGUUCCAGGACCCUCACAUUUAACAAUGUGAUGUCAUAACCAAACAUUCCCAGUGAAGG